AUGCAGAGUCCGUGAAGCCUAACGGUGAGUGACGGAUGAACAAAGCCAAUCAGACUUCGAUCUGCAACAUAGAGUGAUUCUGAAGCUGCCAAUCCCGCCCCGCGACGACGAGGCCGCCGGAAGUCGUAGUUUCGGAAGUCCCGCGCGUGAGGCAGCCGCCCGGGUCCUGAGAGGCGGGGAACUACACGUCCCGGCGGGCGCAGCGGCCUGGCGCUUCCGGCUCGCGCGUCUAGUCCCUUUCCCGGCCGGCGGCCGAGGGGGCAUCAUGAAGCGGGCUGGCGGCGCUGCCGCUCCCGGGCGGCCGCGGGCGGGAGGUGCUGCCCAAGGACCGUAGAUGCCUCUCUAGAGCAUGAGCUCAGGCAAGAGUGCCCGCUACAACCGCUUCUCCGGGGGGCCCAGCAAUCUCCCCACCCCAGACGUCACCACAGGGACCAGAAUGGAAACGACCUUUGGACCCGCCUUUUCGGCCGUCACCACCAUCACAAAAGCUGACGGGACCAGCACCUACAAGCAGCACUGCAGGACACCCUCCUCCUCCAGCACCCUUGCCUACUCCCCGCGGGACGAGGAGGACAGCAUGCCCCCCAUCAGCACUCCCCGCCGCUCCGACUCCGCCAUCUCCGUCCGCUCCCUGCACUCAGAGUCCAGCAUGUCUCUGCGCUCCACAUUCUCACUGCCCGAGGAGGAGGAGGAGCCGGAGCCACUGGUGUUUGCGGAGCAGCCCUCGGUGAAGCUGUGCUGUCAGCUCUGCUGCAGCGUCUUCAAAGACCCUGUGAUAACCACGUGUGGGCACACGUUCUGUAGGAGAUGCGCCUUGAAGUCAGAGAAGUGUCCCGUGGACAACGUGAAACUGACUGUGGUGGUGAAUAACAUCGCGGUGGCUGAGCAGAUCGGGGAGCUCUUCAUCCACUGCCGGCACGGCUGCCGGGUAGCGGGCGGCGGGAAGCCCCCCAUCUUUGAGGUGGACCCCCGAGGGUGCCCAUUCACCAUCAAGCUCAGCGCCCGGAAGGACCACGAGGGCAGCUGUGACUACAGGCCUGUGCGGUGUCCCAACAACCCCAGCUGCCCCCCGCUGCUCAGGAUGAACCUGGAGGCCCACCUCAAGGAGUGCGAGCACAUCAAAUGCCCCCACUCCAAGUACGGGUGCACGUUCAUCGGGAACCAGGACACUUACGAGACCCACCUGGAGACUUGCCGCUUCGAGGGCCUGAAGGAGUUUCUGCAGCAGACGGAUGACCGCUUCCACGAGAUGCACGUGGCUCUGGCCCAGAAGGACCAGGAGAUCGCCUUCCUGCGCUCCAUGCUGGGAAAGCUCUCGGAGAAGAUCGACCAGCUAGAGAAGAGCCUGGAGCUCAAGUUUGACGUCCUGGACGAAAACCAGAGCAAGCUCAGCGAGGACCUCAUGGAGUUCCGGCGGGACGCAUCCAUGUUGAAUGACGAGCUGUCCCACAUCAACGCGCGGCUGAACAUGGGCAUCCUAGGCUCCUACGACCCUCAGCAGAUCUUCAAGUGCAAAGGGACCUUUGUGGGCCACCAGGGCCCUGUGUGGUGUCUCUGCGUCUACUCCAUGGGUGACCUGCUCUUCAGUGGCUCCUCUGACAAGACCAUCAAGGUGUGGGACACAUGUACCACCUACAAGUGCCAGAAGACACUGGAGGGCCAUGAUGGCAUCGUGCUGGCUCUCUGCAUCCAGGGGUGCAAACUCUACAGCGGCUCUGCAGACUGCACCAUCAUUGUGUGGGACAUCCAGAACCUGCAGAAGGUGAACACCAUCCGGGCCCAUGACAACCCAGUGUGCACGCUGGUCUCCUCACACAACGUGCUCUUCAGCGGCUCCCUGAAGGCCAUCAAGGUCUGGGACAUCGUGGGCACUGAGCUGAAGUUGAAGAAGGAGCUCACAGGCCUCAACCACUGGGUGCGGGCCCUGGUGGCUGCCCAGAGCUACCUGUACAGCGGCUCCUACCAGACAAUCAAGAUCUGGGACAUCCGAACCCUCGACUGCAUCCACGUCCUGCAGACGUCUGGUGGCAGCGUCUACUCCAUUGCUGUGACAAAUCACCACAUUGUCUGUGGCACCUACGAGAACCUCAUCCACGUGUGGGACAUUGAGUCCAAGGAGCAGGUGCGGACCCUCACGGGCCACGUGGGCACCGUGUAUGCCCUGGCAGUCAUCUCGACGCCAGACCAGACCAAAGUCUUCAGUGCAUCCUACGACCGGUCCCUCAGGGUCUGGAGUAUGGACAACAUGAUCUGCACGCAGACCCUGCUGCGUCACCAGGGCAGUGUCACCGCGCUGGCUGUGUCCCGGGGCCGACUCUUCUCAGGGGCUGUGGAUAGCACUGUGAAGGUUUGGACUUGCUAACAGGAUCCAGGCCAGGCUGUGGUUUCCCCUGAACCAGCCCUGGACCUUUCUGAGCCAGGCUGGCCACAUGGGGUGGUCUCGGGGUUUCUGCCUGCCCUGUGGGCACAGGUGGACAGGCUCUGGCAGCCAGGCAGUGCCCUCCCCGUCCCAUGCUCGGCGAGCCUCCCUCUACUCGGCACUGUCCUCGCUGCCCAGCCCCUCUCUGGGUGCCAGGUACGACGCUUGCCCCGGCCCACCCCCCAUCCCCCCCCUAGAUGGAGCGAGGGCCUUUUUACUCACCUUUUCUACUGUUUUUAGACUGUAUGUAGAUUUGGUUACUUCCUGGUUGAAAUAAAUGCUCCACAGACUGUG